CUCUCUCUCUCUCUCUCUCUCACAUAGACACACACGCAUAGUCAUCUUGUCUUCCCCUCUCUCUCUCUCUCUCUCUCUCUAUAAAGGCAAGUUCCUCCUCCAGCCCACCAUUUUCCUCUCCCACCUUUUAUCUUCCCUACUUCACUAUGACUGAUCCCCACUCAAAUCUCUAUGCUCAAUGGUUCAAAUCCGACCCUUUUCACCAUUUCUCCACUCCAAACCCUCCUCUCCACAAUCCAUACAUCCACAACUACUACUCUAACAACACACACAGUAAUCAUCAUCAUCAUCACAACCCACCUCCUUCACCUCCCUUGAAAGAAGCUCUCCCCCUUCUCAGACUCACUCCCACAAGAUAUGAAGACCAACAUCAAGAACCCUCUUGCUCACUCUUGGAUUUCCACAAGGCUAAUAAUGGGCAGAACCACCCUCCUCCUGAUGAUGAUCAUGAUAAUGGUGUCACAGUUGCACUGCACAUAGGGUUACCAAACCCUAGUGCUGCUGAUCUUGCUUCCAUGGUUUCUUCUUCUUCUUCUUCUGCUGAUCAUAAAGAGGAAGAGGGUACUGAUCUGUCAGCCUACCCCAUCACUAGACUUAACAAGGGACAGUAUUGGAUUCCUACCCCUUCUCAGAUUCUUAUUGGCCCAACUCAGUUUUCAUGUCCUGUUUGCUGCAAGACCUUCAACAGAUACAACAACAUGCAGAUGCAUAUGUGGGGGCAUGGUUCACAAUACAGAAGAGGGCCAGAAUCUCUGAGGGGAACACAACCUACAGGCAUGCUUAGGCUUCCCUGCUACUGCUGUGCUCCUGGCUGCCGGAACAACAUUGAUCACCCAAGAGCAAAGCCCUUGAAAGACUUCAGAACCCUCCAAACACACUACAAAAGAAAGCACGGAAUCAAGCCUUUCAUGUGCAGGAAGUGCGGCAAAGCCUUUGCAGUGAGGGGGGAUUGGAGAACUCAUGAGAAGAACUGUGGCAAGCUUUGGUACUGCAUUUGCGGCUCUGAUUUCAAGCACAAGAGGUCCCUCAAAGAUCACAUUAAAGCGUUUGGCAAUGGCCAUGGAGCUUAUGGGGUCGACGGUUUCGAAGAGGAAGAUGAGCCCGCCUCAGAAAUUGAACAAGAUGAUGAUUGAUCGAUGAUACGGAAAAUAGAAGAUCGAUCAAGGGUUAGUAGUGUUGAUUUGCUUUCAUUUUUAGGCAUAUAUGUGCCGAUGAAACUUAUGUAAUUUCAGGCUCCGACUCAGUUUUAACACCAUGUCUAUUGUAAAUCCGUUCUUGAUUUCAACUAUGGCCAUGGCUUCCAUUUUCA